AGUUUGAAAUUAUAUCAAACUGGUUUGGUAUCAUAGUAUGUGGUAUAAUUAUGGUUUAAACCAAUAAUAUAGGGAAUUAUAAAAACUGUUGGGAGGGGGGCUAUCAAUUACUCAUGUUUUUCGCUAUUUGCAACAGGACUGUCUUGAUCCCACCUUGAAUAGUGGGGGAUUAUGUACGGUUGGGAAUUACUGUUCUAAACACAGCACAUGGUUCCCUCCCUGUAUAAUUUCGUCAAUGUGACCCCAGUCAAAAAUCACCAUAAGGUGACUUUCAAAGUUCCCCAUUUCACACAAAAGAAUCUGAAAUGUUCCAAUCAACUUAAUAUUCGUUGUAUUAAGUAGUUGUGAUGUUGUUAGAAAGGCAUGGUGGACAUUUUUGGCCUAUAUUAGCAUUUGAUGAGCCAUGGUCACUUAACAACAUGAUUCAGUUAGCUAGCUGACUGUAACUUUAACAAAUAUAUUUCGAAUUUCUGAAAGGUUUUUUUUAGCAAUUGCAACUGCACACCCUAUUACAUAAAACAUAAAAUGAACGAAACACACUUUGAGAGACUUGUCAUUGGUAUAUGUGUGGAAAUGUUUGGCAACUAAUUAUAAGACCUCAGAAUUGGAUCGUUGUGAUCAAUUUUCAUGAUGACUGAAUACAGCUCGUAUACGCCUUCGAUUCCUUUUGGGCCGCCGUACUUUCCUGGUUGAGGCACGUACGAACUGACUUGAGGACCAAAGCUAACUUAACAAGCAAGCAAAUAAUAAACAAAAAACGUUCUCUGCGUCCGACGACACAACCGUGCAACAAACACAGCACUUUUCAAUGCGCGAAGUUGUCGUUUCACGUUGUCCUGUUGAGGUCAGAAUAGUCCCAGUGUGAUGACGUCACCAUUCAGCAAGGAGGAAAAGUGUGACGAGUUGUUCGAAAACAGACGACCAGCCUCUAGUUGGAUUUUACUACACAAUAUGGAUAAGUGUGCUGAUUUUCGGACUUGAAUUCCGAUAAGUGGUUUUAUUCUUGCUCUACUGACUGCAACUCUGUUUAUUUUGGACUAAAAUGGGGUUUAAAACCUGUUUAUAGUGCUCGGAAGUGCUCUCGUCUACUGUGGGACAACUUCGAGCUCCAUGUCGAUAAAAUACUUUCUAACCGAUACUAUAUUUAAUACCUUAUCUAUAUGCCGUGAUUAAUCUGAAAAGUUCAUAUUUCAAUAACGUGCAUGGCCUACGCAAGGUUUCCGUAGUGUAGUGGUUAUCACGUUCGCCUAACACGCGAAAGGUCCCCGGUUCGAGACCGGGCGGAAACAUGUUUUGUUUUAAAAGUUUGAACAAUGUUUUAUAGUUGUUAUCACACUUGCAUUACUGGCCAUAGAUAAUAUAGACAUUAUAUGCACAUAAUUUGUACAUGAAUUGAAUACCUGUACCUGAAUUUUAGAACCAUACGAUUGUGUGCAUGACAAAUAAAGUGGUGGAAAGAAAUACACACAGUGAAGCAAAAACAGAAAUUAAGGCAAACAACGAAUACACAACAAUGUAAACCGACCUAGCCUCUCUGAAACUAAAUUAAAUGAAAAUCUAUUAUGGUCAUGUCAAGAUCACUGUAUUUCAUAGAAAUUCCCAAGACUUUUGCACACUACUUACAGUACAACAUGUCUCUUUUUACCUUUUGCUGUUAGCAAUGAAAAAUUAUGUAAGGAAAGUUUUUUCACAAUAUUUUGUAUUUAUUGGGAUGCACCUGUAUUUGAUUUACUGAGGAUUAGAGUUCCACAUGAACUUCACUGCGUCAAGUGUGGAAGUGGAGUCCCAGUGUCCGGGGGAAACGGGCACCCACAAGGACAGCACUUUCAGCCAGACACCUUACUUGCGUGGCUCAGAGCGCUACAGUGACAGCAACAGCAGCGUGACCCCCCGUGGCUCCAGGGGACCCUCGUGUGUGACUGCCUCCGGUUCUGCCAGCUUGGCCUGGGUGCUGCGAACACGCCACCAACCGGCCAGCCUAGCCCUUCGCAAACAGGAGGAGGAGGAGAACAAGAGAUGCAAGGCCCUCUCAGACAGUUAUGAACUCUCAACGGAUCUGCAGGAUAAGAAGGUGGAAAUGCUGGAGAGAAAGUACGGGGGCUCAUUCGUGAGUCGGAGGGCAGCCAGGACCAUUCAGACAGCCUUCAGGCAGUAUCGCAUGAACAAGAACUUUGAACGCCUCCGAAGUUCUGCCUCUGAGAGUCGCAUGACACGCCGCAUCAUCCUGUCCAAUAUGAGGCUUCAGUAUUCUUUUGAUGAGCGGCAACCUCAACAGCAGGCCCAGACGCAGACCAACUUCACUCACAGUGUGGCCACAGGCCCUCCUCAUUCCCCCGACACUGAUCGCCCAGGAGACUACACCCACUUAGAGGACUCGUUCUGCAAACAGGUUAAGUCCUUAGCUGAUUCCAUUGACAAUGCCCUGACCUGCCGUGCUGAUCGCAAUGACUCCCAAGAAGGCAGCAGGGAGGGUGGCGGUCUCAGUGAAGAUUUUGGGGAGUGUAUGUGGAGCAGUAGCAGCAACCCCUCCUCGCAACGUGGUCUGGGUGAAAGAGCCAGGGGAGUCGGAGGAGUACUGAGCAUGCACGGAGACAGUACGGCAACCUCGUACAGCGACGUCACGCUUUACAUGGACGACGGCAUGCCACCCUCGCCGCUUUCCCCGGACCGGGCACCCAGCAGCACCGACACAGAAUACUGGGGCCCUGGCGGGGGUGUCGGGGUCCGUGAGGACAGCAGGGACACAGAGGGAGGGGGCAGCAGUAACAGUCGGCGCAGCACACCAUGCACAGAGUGUCGGGACUACCGUCUGAGGGGCGCACACCUGCCUCUCCUCACAAUUGAGCCGCCGAGUGACAGCUCAGUGGACAUGAGUGACCGUUCAGAUCGGGGCUCUCUAACCAGACAGCUGGUCUAUGAGCAGGAGCCUGGAGUGGGGGCUGGGUCUCCUCAGGGAACCCUCAAACACUCCCCAAACACUGUGGCCCGCUCGCCAUCCACAGCGGCCGCCCAGGGUCAGAUCAGAGCACCUGGCAGAGCCGUCCCGACACACAUCCCUCACCAGGUGGCUUCACACCACCACCAUCACCAUCACCACCACCCCAUCCACCACCAUCAGUACCCUGACACGCCAUCGUCGUCUUCAUCGCCUCAACAGCCCCCCACCACUCCUCUGUCCUCCUCCUCCUCCACAGCUCUGCCCUCUGGAGGGCUGGAGCAGCCGUGUUGCUCGGAUGGCGACAACGACUCUCUGAACUCCACCACCAACUCCAAUGAGACAGUCAACUGCAGUUCCGGUUCCUCGUCUCAGGACAGCCUCCGGGAACCUCUACCCCCUCUGGGCAAGCAGACAUAUCAGAGGGAAAGCCGCCAGAGCUGGGACUCUCCGCCCUUCAACAGUGAUGUAGUGCAGAGACGCCAGUACCGCAUAGGUCUCAAUCUUUUCAACAAGAAGCCAGAGAAGGGGAUCCAGUACCUGAUUGAGAGAGGCUUUGUGUCAGACACUCCAGUUGGGAUUGCUCGUUUCAUCCUCGAGAGGAAGGGUCUGAGCAGGCAGAUGAUCGGAGAGUUCCUGGGGAACCGGCAGAAGCAAUUCAACAAAGAUGUUUUAGAUUGUGUGGUUGAUGAGAUGGACUUCUCUGGAAUGGAUUUGGAUGAUGCUCUGAGGAAGUUCCAGGCUCAAAUAAAAGUUCAAGGAGAAGCACAAAAAGUGGAACGGCUCAUUGAGGCCUUUAGUCAGAGAUACUGCAUGUGUAAUCCGGUUCUGGUUCGGCAGUUCCAGAACCCCGACACCAUCUUCAUCUUGGCCUUCGCCAUAAUCCUUCUCAACACAGACAUGUACAGCCCUAACGUCAAAGCAGAGAGGAAGAUGAAGCUGGAGGAUUUCAUCAAGAAUUUAAGAGGCGUCGAUAAUGGUCAGGAUAUUCCCAGGGACCUGCUUGUUGGGAUUUACCAACGGAUACAGAAAUGGGAGCUGCGGACCAAUGACGACCAUGUGUCUCAAGUGCAGGCAGUGGAGAGAGUCCUUGUGGGCAAGAAGCCUGUACUGUCCCUUCCCCAUCGUAGGCUGGUGUGUUGCUGCCAGCUAUACGAGGUACCCGACCCCAACAGACCUCAGAGAACAGGAGUACAUCAGCGCGAGGUCUUUCUCUUUAAUGACCUUUUGGUGGUAACCAAAAUCUUUCAGAAGAAGAAAACCUCAGUGACAUACAGUUUUAGACAAUCUUUCCCUCUGGUUGAGAUGCAAGUGCACAUGUUCCAGAACUCAUACUAUCCUCAUGGUAUCCGCCUGACCUCCGCAGUCUUGGGUGGGGAAAGAAAAGUUCUCAUCGUCUUCAUGGCCCCCAGUCAGCAAGACAGCACUCGCUUUGUUAGUGACCUCAGGGAGAGUGUUGCUGAAGUGCAGGAGAUGGAGAAAUACAGAGUGGAAUCGGAGUUGGAGAAGCAAAAAGGUGUAAUGCGGCCCAGUUUGCUCACUGGAGGUGGGGGUGUGAAGAGUGACAUUGUGAAUGGUACUUUGGGAAGGACAAGUUUUGACGAUAACUGCUCAGUUGGCGAAGGUCUCAAACGCACAGCACUUAGCUCAUCACUCAGAGACCUAUCUGAGACAGGGAAGCGUGGUCGGCGGAACAGUGUCGGUUCUCUGGACAGUACUAUGGAAGGAUCCAUUAUUAGCAGUCCGCAGCCUCACCAACGCUACUCAGUGCCAGGUGUGGUCUCCGGCUGCUACGCAACAGAAGACUUCCGGCCUCAUCGCCCCAUCCUGAGCCCCGGAACGGGGAUGGGGGGUGGGCCGGGGCAGCAACAUACCACUGCUGGGACAGGAGUCGGGGGCGUCCCCAGCAGUGUCGAGAGAGCAGGAGCGGGGAGCUGCCCUGGGGGGAGCGGCAACAACAGCGUCUCCUUCCUGGGCUCACUAUUCGGCAGCAAACGCCCCAAACCGCCAGGGCCCCUUAUUCCACCGGGGCCACCCUACCCCGCGCCUGUCCACCCGCCGACGACGGGAGGGCCCCCUCCUCACUCCCCUUCAUCCCUGUGCCAGCAGUUGGAAGGGGGGCCUUCCAAGAUCCAGGCGCUGCACGCACAGUACUGUCACGCGGCUACCGUGCAGCCCCCACCACCUUACUACCACCACCAUCGCUACCAUGCCCAAAAUGUCCCUCCUCCUUUGCAAGGGGUGCCUCCUCAUACUGUACAGAGAGGCCCGCAACCCUGUCGUACACCACUUUGCGCACCGCACGCCCCGCACCCGCAGCUGGCACAUCUCUCCCAGCUCUCACAGCAUGGGCUUCUGGGUCGCUACACCAACAUGGUAGUUGGACGUCCCCCACCCCUUUCUCCUCUCUCCCAGCAUUCCCCGAACCCACAGUUCGCCCUGUACCACGUGCAGCCCACACACUCUAUCAGAGGGUGCACCACCGGCCCUGUUACCAAACCGCCCCUAACCUUGUCUCACUCCCAUCCGCACCCCCACGCACACUCCCAAACCCACCCCGGGCACGUGCACACACCGCACCCGGGCAGCCACUCCAGCCAUCAAACACACUUCAUCUUCGGCACUCUGCCCCACAAUCUGCCGUCCGCUACCGUCAACACGCAUCACACAGCAUCCGCCGGCCCGUAUCUGCCCCAGUACCCUCCUCUCUCUUCCAUCCCCCCUCCCCCACCACACUCCCCUUUACCCCCCCCUUCGUCCCCCCUUACCCCUCUUACACCUCUCUCCCCUCUCCCCCCCCAGCACCCCGGGCAGCCUCAGCCAGGGCCGCAGGUGACGGGGGCCGGAGCGACAGGUACAGGGGGCAGCUCCAAGUCCAAGCCUAUCAACCGGAUAAGCACCGUGGUGUGAGCAGGGCGUGGCCCGCUCGGGGUCAUAGGUCGGAUGAUAGCGCAGAGGAGGCGAGCAGGGCGAGGGCGAGGGCGAGGGCCAGAUCUGCCAGGACGGAGAGCAACAGCGGCGUUGGGGCUGACAAGAGGAAACGCAGCUUGCUCCGCCUCUGUUACUUUCACCUCCGUUUCCCGCAUAUGUAGGCGGAGAUUGCACGAUCGCAUCACAAGAACACACACCGCCCACAUGUUCAAACAGUCCAUCCAUCCAUCCAUUUUCUGAGCCGCUUAUCCUCACAAGGGUCGCGGGAGUGCCGGAGCCUAUCCCAGCUAUCAUCGGGCAGGAGGCGGGGUACAACCCUGAACUGGUUGCCAGCCAAUAGUCAUAUUACAAGCCAUAUAAUUAAAGUUCAAUACUUAUAUUGGUACUGCCUCGGUUUUAACUUGUUUGACGUCUCAUUGAUUCUAAUUAAGAAAGUACAGUGGUGCCUUGAGAUACGAGUGCCCUGAAUUUUUCGAGACACGAGCUGCCAUUCGGACAUUUUUUUGCUUUGACUUAUGAGGUCAUACUUGAAAUACGAAGGCAGGCACACUAGAAGGAGCAGCAUUCAAUUGAUGCAAUAUGACAAAAACAGUUUAAUUCUUUUAAAAUCUAUUUCAUUAUGUCAUUAUAUUUUUCUAAAGUACUAUUUUUCUUCUUUAAAAUAUACACUUCACAACAAUUUUUGACGUUUUGGGGAGGGGUGGGGGGAAGGCUGGCACGGAUUAAUGGCACUUGCGUUUAUUUGUUUCAGAGGGAAAAGAGUUGAGAUUUGAGUGUUUUGAGUUUCAAGCAUGGUCAUGGAACAGAUUAAACUCGUAUCUCAAAGCAUCGCUGUGCCGUAAUUUACAUGUAUGAAAAAUGGCACCCUUACUGUACAUCCAGGAUAACAACAAAGAUUACUGUACAGUCCAGCAAAGUUUUAACGCUGAAAACAGCCGAGUUGCAAAAAACACCCCUUUGCAAUAAUUCCCUUGACUUCAUGACGUCGCCAUCCACUGCAGGGUUUGCUGACACUAUAUUUUUUUCUUUCUAAAGAUGACCUCAAAUGUGUUGCUCCGUCUUGAAACAUUUUAACGGCAGACGGUCUUUGGCUUAAGCGUCUUUUACAUGUCUACCGGAGCCACUUGGCUUCAUGAUGCAUUUCUCAAGGAGUAUGGAAAUUAAUGAUACAAUCAACAAUCUAUUGUGAAUGUUUCUGAAGCUUCUCGCUUUUUUUUUUUUUUUUGAUCACUAUUAGAUCUGCUAUGAGUAUGAUGAAUAUUGUCGAUUUGUUUGAUAAGUACCGUACGUAAAUGUAUCAGCAGAUGUUUGUACAGGGUGAUAUAAAGCUUAGAAGCGCAUAAAUACCCUUUGGAGAGUGCUUUGAUUUAACGUCAUCGACAUCAUUUGCACCCUUCUGUUAACAUCGUUUGGUGUGAAAUAUUGAUGGUUGAAACAAGAUCAAUAAUGUUUUGUUCUAACUGAUGACUGUCUUUUUUUUAAUUUUUAUUUUAUUUAUAUAUAUAUUUUUGGGAUGGGGAAAAAAACCUCUGAUGAUGAUGAAAAAAGUGUUACUAUGGUUGUGGAAGUUUUAGAAAGAUGGUGUUUCCUUUGCAAUUAUGUGAAGCACCUCAACUCACUUUUUCAAAAUCAUCCGAUUUGUCGUGGGUGAGAUAUGUUUUGACGAAGCAAGCUUUUACAUGAGGAUUUGUGGGUUUAGCACGUGAUGUCUUAAGUCACCAAUGACCAUUUUAUUCUCUCACCGCUCCGGACACUUUUUUCUAACUCUCAACACAUUUUCUGAUGCUGUGGCAUCCCCAUGAGGGCUUUGUAUUUGUAAAAAAAAAAAAAAAAAACGAUAGCAAGGAUUAAGAAUGUAAAACAGCAUUCUUUGUUAUUCAGUGGCCUCGUGCACCCUUUUGCGACUGCAAUAUUUUAAGUUAUGAGUACUGACAGUUACCUACAGUGCCAGUUAUUAUCAAGAGAAAAUUAUAUAUACUCCGAUGUUUUUUGGAGCAGAGGAAUGAGGACAAAACGAUGUCAGUGUUUGGAAUCAAGCUAUACUGAAAGAAAACUUGUGUAAAGUGUGAAUCCACAAAAAAGGACACAAAGGAGGUUUGCAGAAAGUCAAGAUUGUGAGAUGAAGCUUUUAUAUAUAUGUGUUGACUAGCCCUUUUCUUUUAUUGUAUCAUUUCUGACUCUUCUUGCAUGGAUAUAUCUGCAUUGAAUAGAUUGUACUGUAUAAACCUGAAUGUAAAUAAGAUACUAUAAGCUUAUCAACCAUGGGACAAAGUGCUCCCAGUCUGUAUUCAGGUGCGUGCAUGUGAGUGCCAUGACAUAUGUACAUACGAAAGGUUAACAGGGACAGAAAAUGUUGUGGAAAAGGAAUAUUGUUUAUUUUUUAAUUAUUAUUUGUGACUGAAGAUGGGAGAAGGAAUUAAGAGUAAUACUGUAUACAUUACAACCUGGUGGUUAUAUGUCAGUGCACUGAUGGAUAUUACUUUGAACCAUUUCAGUUCAAGUUUCAGUUGUGAAUGUGUUAAAUGUACUGAAAGAAUAGAGAUUUUACAUGUGAAUAUUUAUUGCUUCAGAUCAAUUAAAGUGUCCUUGCAGUGA